GGGUGUUCGCCGUGAUGAGCGAACGCUUUAACCACUAGGCUACCUGUUGACAUUGUCGUCACGAUAAUCUUAAUAUCAGCAUCACUCAGACGUCGUGUUAUCAAUUGAAGUGAGUGUCAGUGUAUGUGAAAUCAGUACCCACACCCCUACUAUCGACUCGGUCUAUGACAGCAACUACACACACCGCCUACUAUGAUAUGUGUACGCGACAUCAUUAUGUUGAUCAGCAAGGGACAUGCGCAACCACGAGCUGGUAAAACAACCUCGUCUUUGGUUUUCUGUUCACAUCCGGGAUCGAUCAAAGGAAUGGGGAUGUCACUUACAGGCGGGGUAUCGGCAGACAUUUGACCUUCGCCUCAAGUGAGCGGACAGAAACCGGAGGGGGGAAAAAAAUCUCAGAAGGGAGACAACUCUUACAAGCUUAUUGCCAUGGAAGCUGGUUCACAGGUCUUUUCAAGGGCAAGAAUGGCGACUUCUCUGAUGGACAUCCGGCUCAUUCCAUUUUAUCUAAGCGUGGGGGGCGUAUUUCAUCCUAUACCGCCCCUACCUACAGUACCCACCAGAGACGAUGGACGCGGCAAUUGUCAAAGCCAUCCCAAUAUGGUCGUUAGCGUUUUUCGUGCAUACAACCAAAGACUCAGAACAGACGGUAUAUGCCAGAGAAUUCUUUGUAGGUUUAUUCUUCUCCAGUCUUGGAGACAUGUGCCUAAUAUGGCGCGAAACGCUGUUCAUUCCCGGCAUGCUUUUCUUCGCCGUGGCGCAUGUGUGUUACAUGCUAGGUCUAGCUACUGGGUUCAACUUCAAGAGAACAAGAUGUGGCGUGUUUUUCACGUUGCUAAGUAUGUGUCUGUACCUGUUCAUCUCAAGCGGCAUCAGCUCCAUCGUCAUGAAAGUGUUAGUGCUGGUUUACCAGGGUUUAAUUUUUGGAGUGGAUGGCUCGCUGUGGAACACUUUUUUGUAUGAUCGGACAAACUCGGCUUGUUUCGGAGCAUGCGGUGCUGCGCUGUUUAUGUUCUCCGACUGUUUGAUAGGGUUGGACAAAUGGAAGUUUCACGUUCCUUUGGCUGAAGUGUUAAUAAUGGCCACCUAUUACGCUGGUCAAAUGUGCCUUGCUUUGUCCACUGUGAGAAAUUGACGUUGCGAGUUCUGACGAGCUGCGACAUCGUUGCUGUACUGUCCAUCUUUCACUAUACGACAUCUACUGGUCGCUGACACAGUCGAGACUCGAUUGACGACCUCUGGCUUCACAUAGGAAUUCCGUAAUAUUGACAUCAUGUUACAAAAAUCAGUCAACAGUUUCAUUGUGAUGAGUAAAAUACGCAGGGAUCAGCGAUCUUUUGAAAAAUGGAUAAAAUCAGAUUCCUGUUCAGUAAAGGAUUUACACCAAAAGACACCCAUAAAAUGUGUGGAUAGAUCUUGAGAACAUCACGCUUGAUACCAACUUAGCGACGUCGGGGAGCAGAGUAUAAGCUUGGCAUGAAAAGUGGCCAAAGAAGGGGUCUGGAUGGCCUGUGAUUUCAGCGAUAAGAGUGAGUGAGUGUCAUAUUAUGAAUUCAGAAGGACAUUCCGGGCAGAGGGUACAUUCCAUUAUCAUGGAAACUGUCUGAAGAAAGUUACAAAGUUUCAAACAUCUGAUCAAAACACACCACGCACAUUAUUUCGUUAUCUCGUCAUAAUCUAGCUCUGUUUGAAGCUGAUCCAGAAAGGUUUUUGCAACGAUUUGUAAUUUGGGAUGAAACUUGGAUUAUCUACUUCCAGUAUGAGUCCUAGCAGAAAUGAAAACAGUGUAAGCAUUUGACAUCACCAACACUUCUGAUGGCUAAUGCUCUCUUCAACUGGAAAUGUUAUGUUAUCCAUGAUCGGAGGUGCCAAGGGUGUCAUCUUGGUGGAAUAUGUGCGAAACAGCUGGAAAAAAACAUGGAGCAAAUUACAGAUCGACGUUCACAUUUUAUGCCCUCUAGUUUUCAGUCUUGAAGGACACCAAAUAUUUCGCCUAGAAACGAUUUGAUUGUGGAAUGUUGUGAAGGCGUCACAGCGACCAGAGGACACGUCAGAUAGUUACAGCGGGACAGUACAUAGCCACGGCUUGCCGCUGAAGCUAAGGCAGUGCACACACAUGCUUGAAGUCUUUCAACCUUGCCUUUAUUGUCAUUAUGCACAAAUGUGUGCUUAUUUGUGGGUGUCUGUGUACAAGAGGAGGCCAUGAUCAACAACAGCCUGCUCUUACGUAUAUCUGUCUUAAUGUAAGGAGCGACAAUAUGAUAUUCCGGGGAUCGUGUGGGGUGUAGGAGUUGGGGUUUGGUGAGUGAACCUUUGUUGUAAAUAUAUUUACCCGAUAAUUCUGAAAAAUUCUAAUUGUGGGCACGAUAUACUAAGGUAAAUAUCGUUAUUGCACAUGCUCUAAACGAUUAUAUACAUGUGUGUUGUUGGUGUGGGUAAAACGUAUAUUGUUAAGCUCCCCAUCCUUAGUCCUUUAAAUAUGUCUGGAAGCGCUGACGUAACCAAAUAAAUGUCACUUACAAGUGAAAUGAAAACAAAAACAACAAUUCUAACAAGUCUCCAACAGUGUUCCCAUGGCAACAUCAAAACCGCCUCCACGAAAAGUUAUUUUGUCAAAGAAAGCGAUAGGGCUCGAAUAACCAUGAAUUAUCGAUUAGUAUGUAUUCCUUUCGUUCUACAAGACAAAGAGAUGUUGCUUUGCGUAACGAGGCUGUGAGUGUAUCCUGUUAUUAGUGAUCCAGCAAAUGUUCAUUUCCCCCAAUCCAUGUUGUGCCAGGUGUAUGACUGCUAGAGACGCCGAACAAAAAUCAUUGUCAAUAUUCCUCACCCGUGAUUACAUAUGGCUGUGAUGUGAAACAGAGACACACUAAGGGAGGCUCUACUCUGUGCAUGAUGUUCAUACGAUCAGAAUCGUUACCAGUGAGUGAGUAUGGUCUUUUGCCGUUUCAGCAAUUUUCAAGCAACAUCACGGCGGGGGGACACCAGAAAUGGGCUUCACGCAUUGUACCCAUGUGGGAAUCGAACCCGGGUCUUCGGCGUGACGAGCGAACGCUUUAAACACUAGGCUACCCCACCGAUCCCUAACCGUUAGAUACUGUGGUAGAUGCCCGAAAGGCUCUGGCACGUUACACAUAAAUGAUAUGCUCUGUGUUGGUGAUAAGAUGGCUCACCCUGAGAGAGUGGGUUCAAAUCCCGGAUGGGACUCAACUCAGGAAAGUACUACAAUCUAUACUUUAAUGAGAAAGUGUAAUCCUAAAUAAAACACGUUAAGUUGCAUAUUGACGGUAGCAAAUAGGUAUUAAAACAGAUAAGGCUAUGGUUUGGGGAGAGAGCAGUACAGCCCUUCUCCAACUUGUAUACACCAGGGCUAUCUAUACUGGCGUAAGCUGAUUGGUUAUUUUGUUUAAACCAGGAUUUCGAUAUUUAUAGUUAACACAAGAUCUCUGCUAUGUGAAGAUAAGUAUUCAUCUUUUUUUAGCAAGGGUUAUUUGAUAACCACAAACAGUCAUGAUGUCGUUGUAUACUCUUAAAAAAAGUAGGUAAAUGCAUUUUAAUUUGUCAAAAUUAUGAUCUACAGUGACCUUUUUGUCAAUCUUUGAAACGUUUGUUAACGCUUAUACUUCAUAUCCAAAUUGAACGUUCGGGUUCCCCUACUUUAUGUUAAGAGUAUGUCAGCAGUAUAUCUGAUACCAUUUAUUAUAAGCAUUCCAAAUCUAUGUUAAACGUAGAAAGGUAUCUUACACUCCCCAUUCCAGUGCAUGUGGGAAUAAUUAUUUCAGAUCCAGUAGGUUUAAACUUGCAGUUGAUCUCGGGAGAUACUCAAAUCCCCCUGCACGGCAUGUCCAUGUAAAUAUUGUAUAGAAAACAGAAGAUCUAUUAUUGAAUAUACAUUCCAUGUAUUGAUUAUCGGUGAGCGUUAGACAGGUCGAAGAAGUAAGUAUCUCAAACAGUAAAGAAGUCUCCAAAUAUAACAUCUUUGACUGAAAUGACUUCAUCUGAAAACUUUGAUGUUGUAUAUAACACGUGUCUUUUAUUAAUAUAAAGUCAAAUGAACAUCAGUGUGUCACGUGAUUAGGUUGUCAAUCAAGCAGUUACUGAAUUUCAUUUGGGUUAUUCCUCGAUCAGUUUCUAAAACUAACGGCAAACAGGUGCGUUAUAACACUGUCUUCAUACGUCAGUUCCUUAUACUGACAGUUUGGGCUGACCACGUCAAGAAGAACACACCACGCUAACUGCAGUCUGCAUUUAGCGUGAUUGUAAUGAACGUCAACAAAUACCACUACAAUCCUUAAAUGGCAAAUGUGUCUGUGGUAUCUGGGCGUUCCCGGACAGAACCAGGCCUUGGCAGGGAAUGACAGUUAGAUAGAGCACCUGCACAAACCGGCUUGUGUAUUAACUGCACAAAUCAGCCACACAUAUCCACGGGUGAUGCAGGAACGUUUAGUGUAGACCAGGAAGUAUUGACAAACCUUCAUGUGUAACGAGAGAUCAUGUUACUGUACACGGAAUAAAGAUUUAAUGUUGUU